AUGCCUCAAAUUGGGAUUCUAGAAGUUGAAAUUUUUGAUGUUUGGGGUGUUUAUUACAUGGGACCGUUCCCUUCUUCAAAUGGGAAUCGCUAUAUACUUGUCGCCGUUGACUAUGUAUCCAAAACUGCAUUUAAGACCCCAAUAGGUACUACCUCAUAUAGACUUGUGUACGAUAAAGCAUGUCAUCUUUCGGUGGAAUUAGAAUACAAGGCUUAUUGGGAUAUUAAGGAGCUCAAUUUGGAUGUUAAGAUAGCGGUAGGAAAUAGGUUACUUCAACUUAACCAACUUGAUGAGUUUAGGUUGGCGGCCUAUGAUAGUGCACGUGUCUACAAGGAGAAGACCAAGAGAUGGCAUGACAAGAUUAUCCUUCCAAGAGAGUUCAAAGAGGGUGACAAGGUGUUGUUGUUCAACGCUAGACUUAAACUAUUCCCAGGAAAGUUAAAGUCAAGGUGGUCAGGUCCUUUUAUUGUCAAAAGGGCUAACAAAUUUUGUUCUAUGGAAUUAUUCGAUGAGCAUGGUAAUGAAUUCAAAGUUAAUGACCAAAGACUUAAGAUAUAUCAUGAGGGGGAUACUAUUGGUGCAGUUGAACUUCUUAACCUAAUCGGUUCAAGUUCAUUUUGA